GUUCUUUUGAUUCGAGCACGCAUCGAAGGCAGACGUACCAUUUUGAACACGUGUACACUUGUGUUUGAGCACGCGUGCGUUUUGGAAAUUUAGAUUCCAGAUUAUGCCUCUUGAAGACGAGAUCGUUCCACGAAGACGACUGACGAGCCGAGACGAGCCGAGACGAGCCGAGCCGAGCCGAGCCGAGCCGAGACGAGCCGAGACGAGCCGAGACGAGCCGAGACGAGCCGAGCCGAGACGAGCCGAGACGAGCCGAGACGAGCCGAGACGAGCCGAGCCGAGCCGAGCCGAGCCGAGCCGAGCCGAGCCGAGCCGAUACAAGCCGGGAGCGCAGCCGGAGAGAGAGCCGGGAGUGCAGCCGGAGAGAGACGUCGCUUCACGCGUCGGCACAACGAGCGACACAGCCAACGACGUCGCGGCGAAGGGCAGGAGGUGCGACGUUCGUCGGCAGCUAAGGGAAUAG